GCCUCAACAACUGCAAGCUUCGACAUUUCACGAACGUUAACUCCAAAGAGUUCAGAAUGCCUCCCCAACUAGCACUUAACCCCACUAGGGAUUGGAUCGAUAGGUUACCUCACUCAUUCUCCGUCAUCCAUCCCAUCCUCGCCUGUGUUGCAGUCCUCGGCAUCAAAGCCAACAUGGAGAAACGUGGUAUUGCGGGGGAAGGUAUCUUGCAGGUCUGGUUUCUGCUCUUCUAUAGCUGUCUCGGCCUCCUCUCCAUGCUUGGCUACUUCAACGGUUAUUUCUCCCAGACCAUCGUUGUGCUCGACGAAGAAGCAUCGCUCACCGAGUGGGUGGACUGCGUCAGAACUAGCAUCCGCAACUGGAUCUGGACGCACGAGAUCAUAUUCAACUAUGUGCCGGAUGGAGAAGAAAAGGCUGCCCAACAUGAAAUGGAGAACUUCGCUGCCUACCUUGCUGAUCCGAGCCCCUGCCAAGUCCGCCCUCCCCAGUUUUCACGGAGGUGGAAUGCGUUAACAACGGUUCUGUUCUGGGCCGUCACGUGCUACUUGACCCAAUAUACGUUCCUCCUUUACCAAUCUGGGGUCAUUUUCGACGGCGUCUCGGGUCCGGCGACUUGCUUUCUUGUUUUCAUCCAUUUUGGUAUCUUGAUGUUUGUGGCCAUGAUGUAUCCGGCGGCGAAGAAGGCUGGGAGAGAUCAUAUGAUGGGCGUGCUUGGGAGACGAAUCAGAAAGCAAUGCAUCGGAUCUGAUGAGGAGAAGGGGGGGCUGAGUAUGAGAGAGCAGCUGGCUUGGUUUAUUGGGGAGUUAUUGAAAGAGGAAGAUGAUUCGGAGGGACUAGCUCGAGAGAGAAGAAAGGUCAUCAUUAAUCCAAUCGUGAAGCAAAUCAGAUGUCCGGCUUCAUGUUGAGCUAGCGAGGAAGGAUACUCUUCAUGUACGCAGUGCGCACACAUUUCUGGUUUCCUGUUUAGGUCAGAGAUUGUUGGGAAGGGUAUAUAAUGGAUGUGGAUAGUUGGUAUAUUAAAGAUAGGAAAUGGGAGUG